AUUAUUCAUACGGUUCAAAAAAUAAAAAUUUCAUCUUGAAUUGCGUUACUUCAUACAAAUUUACAAAUCUUCAAACCAGUAAAAUAUCUCAAUAGUGCUGAUUGUUGCCAGUGGUGUAUCGCUACGUACUCAGAUAAUGUGUUGUUUCGCUUCGUGGUUAAUAUUUCUUUUUCUUUUCUUGGACGUCUUUUGUUUAUUAAAUUCUUGUCUGCCAAAUUGGUUUUUUCUGCGAGUGACAUAAUUUUUUUUUUUUGAAAGCUUAUUGAGUCCAGCAAUGGCCCGCCUAAAUAUUCAUACGCUAUUAUUUGCUUCAUUCUUCUUGAUACAGACUGUUGAUUUUUCUAUGUGUUUCUCGUAUCCCAAAACUUUUCGUUGCCGUAGCGGAGAAUAUAUACGUUCUAAUUUGUUUUGUGAUAGAGAUAUCGAUUGUAUUGACGGAAGUGAUGAAGCAUCUGGGUGUCACAGGUACGGUGAUUGUGGCCCAAGAAGAUUCACAUGUGCCGAUAUUAUCCGUUGCGUGAGUCCUAGUGUCCUGUGCGAUAAAAAUAGCGAUUGCUUCGAUGGAUCCGAUGAACUGAAUUGUGGUGAUCAACUCGAUGUAGGGAAUUGUUCAUUGUCUGAUGGAAAGUUCCUAUGCCAUGAUGGGAAAAGAUGUCUUGAUUUGAAGUACACUUGCGAUGGAGCUGAUAAUUGUUUCGAUGGUUCGGAUGAAAAUGAAAACUGCACAAACUACAAAAGCGUACCGAAGGAAUGUCCUCACAGCUUUAUUCAUACCCCUGCUGGUCCUAUAUGCCCAUGUACGACCGGCAAUAAUAACAAAUCGAAUUCAUUAUGUGAAAGCUUACGGAACUGUACGGGGUCAUAUAGUUGUGAACAUCAUUGUCAUUCGUUCGAACGCUCAAACUCAUACUACACAUACAACUAUUGCUCUUGCUACGAAGGCUACCAUGUAGAUCCUAAUAAUGCUCGGCGAUGCCGAGAUAAUAAUUACUUUCAAAAUAUCAUUUUCUAUACAACUGUAAUAAAUAUAAAAUCUCUAAACCUGACAACGAACCGAACAUCCAUCCUUACUAGUGGAGUCAAUUGUACUGCUUUGGCUGCAGCUCAAGAUCAUGUUUAUUACGCAACGUCUCAGUCGGGUAAAAAUUAUAUAUUAAAAAUCCCCACUGAUUCGCAUCAAGCAAAAGGAGAAAAAUUGAUCGAAACUGAUUCAAUCGUUACAUCAAUCGCGGUUGAUUACAUUACUGGUAAUAUAUACUACAUAGCCAACGGAUCACUAUUCGUUUGUACAAAUGAUGGUACAAUUUGUUCCACGCUCAAGUGUUGUGAUGUGGGAUAUGUGGCACUGGCUCCUGCGUUUGGGUUGAUGUUCUACACCGUGAAAGAACAGUACGAUGGAUCAUACUAUAUUAUGAAAUCGAAUAUGGAUGGCGAAGACGAGAGUAUUCUCGUGGAUGACAUAUUUAGUGAUUCUAAGAUUCUUAUGGCAGUUGACGAGGUGAAAAAAAUGGUUUUCUAUUUAAUGAAAAAAGAUAAUUUUCAUAGCGAUGAAAGCACUCUUGCACUUAAACCAGUAACAUUUGAUGGAUAUGGUGGAAAUAUACAUAUGCCUAUACGUUCUACCACGUUGAGUCCAAUAGUUUCUAUCACCUUAAUGGAUAAAACUGUAUUCUACACCAGGAUAAAUUAUAACAAGUUAUAUUAUAAUAGGAUCGAGAAUUUCACCUACUCGAACAGCGACUCUGAAGCUUCCUACUAUUUUCAAGAAAAAGAUUCCAGAAUAUUGAAAUAUUUGUACGCGCACAACAAACUUUCUCAGAGUUUCCGUGAAAACCCCUGCGCCACAACAUCAUGCCCUGAGUUAUGCCUGCUUCGUCCGAUCUCAUCAUCAAAUUUUACUCUUACUUAUUCCUGCCGCAUGGAAAAUCAUAUUAUUUAUGGAAAUGAUACUCCUACGACGAGCAAACAUUCGACAACCAAGUCAUAUUCCAAUUCUGAAUCCUACUCAUCACCCGAACGUUUGGAAAAAGUGACUGAACGUUUUACAGCUGCCGAGUUACAUAAAACUUCAAAGUCUCGUCAAGGUCAUAACUUUUUUGCAAUAGUUCUGAUGCUUUUGAUUAUCGUGGCUGUUUUGGGUUUUGGAAGUUACUACUUGUGGUCUCACAAUAGAAGUUUGCGUCAAUAUUAUGGCUCCGUGAGUACUUGGAAAUGGAGUAAACAUAAUGAACGAGUGGAAAUAGUCGAGGAGACAGAAUAUUAGAUAAACUUGAACCUUGCAUGGAUUAGUGUUAUAUUGUACUACUUUACCUAAGUAGGUAACUCGAUUGGUUUUUAUUUCGAAGGUAAAUUUAAUGUACCUAUUGGAAUAUUAAAUGCAAUAUUUACUACCCACAAUCUACCUCCUGACUUUUUACGUUUCACUUCACAGCGGUCAACUCAAAAAAAUUUUUGGAAUGGUUUUUCAUCAAAAGUAAGAUUCUGGGCGAGUUUCGUCAAAAUUGGAGAAAGUUCCGAUUUCACUAUCUUAUCUUGAAAGACUCUUUACGUUAUGCUCUUACGUGCAUAUGACACUUGUCCAAAAAUGUCACUGGCGGCUACAGGAAGGUUUUAAACCACUCUCAAUCAAUUUGGCGGCUCAACUUCAGCUUUCCAGGUCAAUUUGGGGAAAUUCUAUUCUUCAUUUGUCAAGUGGUCACUUUAAGACAUAUUUAGGUGGCCACAUUUGGCAUUUUUUCAAAUUCAAAGAAGGCACAUGCGAUCUUAAAAAAUGAAAUCUCACGCCUAGUAAUGGUCAAAUUUUAAAAAGUACAUCGGUACCUAAGUUGCUCAACCGACGUGAGUUUCAUCAAUGGGUGGAUUUAUCCAAGAAAAAACCAAGUUGGCCAUUUGAGCACCUUUAACUUACCCUAAAAUUCAAGACGAGCUAGUUCGAAAUUAAAUUUCCGAACAACUUUAAAAAUGUAGGUAAAUUCUGUAAAAAAAAUAGAAAAAUAAAAUUUUUAAAAAUGACAUUCUACGAAUGGGUGGGAUUUUUCGUUAAUGUAUUGGCUUAUGUGUCUCGACGUAAAAAUGAUUGCGCUUUUGGGCGAUUUCGAAGUUUCCAGCAUGUGUUUUAUUUUCUGCAGAAAUUCACAUUGCUACUCGAAGCUUCAAAAUAGCCAUAUAAGACUGGCCAAGUUUAGUGGUUUUAUUUUUUCUAGAAUUACAGCAAUUUGAAAUUUCCAAAAGCUCGGUAAAGACUCCAAAAUGACCUUUUACUGAAAGUUUUCGAAAUGGAAAGUUGGAUUAAACAACUCGUAACUAUUCGUGCUUUUUUGCUUUGUUCCAAUAAUAAAAAUUACUGAAAAAAAUAGAAAAAUCGUCAUCAGUGUUACGUUGAGUUUUGUGAAUUUUCAAAAGUUUAUAUUAAAAAUCCCAAUAUAAAUCUUACCUAUACUGUUGUAAGGUUUGGUUGUAAGAGUUUCGGGACAUGUCAGGACAUGUUCCGUUGUUUCGAUCCGAAUCGAGGAUUGCUGUUUUGCGUAAAUCGAACUGUAUUCUGUGUUUAGGAGUAACUAACGGAAAUAUGUACAUCAUACAUGUAACAAUAUGUGUAUGACAUAUGUAUUAUCUACUUCCACUUCCACUUACUUCCGUUCGAUGGGACGACUGCAAUGUAUUUUAAAUUAAAUUACGUCAGUUGAAAUGAAUAACAAUGAUAAAACUUCUUCGCCAAACUGAUAACUACAUGAAUUCAAAUAUCUUGAAAGGGACUUAAAUAAUUGUGAAUUGUGCAACGAGCAAUUGCUUAGUAGUUUUCGAUUAACAUCCAUUGUUUUUUAAAUCAAGUGAGGACAUUUUAUAUGUGUCUAUGAAUUAGGUACCUCCUACCUACGUGAAUUAAACAUUAGUAUGUACCUAUUCAAAAUGAUCUCAAGGAUUUACACGUUUGGUGCUGUUUUAAUCAUUAUUAUCGGCGUAGCUCGCGGAAUCGCCCAAGCAGAGGAAUCCACUAAAAAUAACGAAGCCAAACGCAAUACCUCCAGCGCAACACAACAGCAAAAAUUUAUUGCGCAACCUGGAAAUGAGAAAAUUACAGGUAGAGAUUCGAGUCAUCAAUCUCAUCUCACUGCGACCAAAAUUUCAGAGAAAGUUGUCAUUGAUUCUAUACAUGUCGUCGAAGAGUUGACAGUACAACAAGUAAAUAUUUCCUGUCUUGUCAGAGGAUACCCAACCCCUACAAUUUUUUGGUCGAAAAAAAGUUUUGUAGGCGGCACUGAACGAAGCUUGAAUUCAAAAUCGGCGAAUUAUUUAAUUUUUAACGCUACUUAUGCUGAUUCCGGGAUCUACACUUGCAAAGCAGAUAAUGGUAUAACAUCUGAUUCGAAAUCAACUGAUGUUAUAGUCUUGCAAUUGCAGGUUGGAGAAAAUAUUCGCGGUAAUCCGUAAUGAUGGUGGAAUAGAGAUGAAUAUUUUACCUAUUUUAAAAUUCAAAUCGUAAAAUAAUUUUACUCGUAGUAUAAAUAUUUUGUAGAGAAACGAAAAAAUUAUUUUGUAACCCAAAUAGAACUAAAUUUAUGACACGGAGACCAAUGAGUGUUUUUCAACACGUACUAUGCAUUAUUCAAAUUAAGCAUCCUUUAGUUAUGGGUAAUUUAAAAAUUGUUAAUCGUAGUAGUAGGUAGGAAGAGGACCAAGGGACAGUACAAUUUCUCCCUGAAAAUCAAAUAUUACAUUUCAUAGUGCAACUUUUGCAGUUUUUAUCACGUAGAAUUUACUGUCAAUUUAAUCUUGGUGAUUUGUUUUCACUCUUGGCCAUUUCAAAGUCCACCACGUGACGAAAAUUCCCUUCCUGUGGUGACUUAUCUCCUACUGCAUUUUAUAUAAUAGCUCCAUGAUAUUUUUGGUUAAGUAUAGUUAUCUCUCCCAUUAUCUAUUUCUUUUCAAAUCCGUGUAAACUUCAACAAAAAGCAAUUAAAUGAUAAGGACAAACUUUAGUUCUCACACAGUUUUAAAUAGGUAGGUACCCACUUCGCCUAUUUGUUUACUUUAGCUCUCGUUAUAAUUAAUAUUGUUAAUUAAUGUAAGUACAGAUAUCGUUAAGUUUGACCAUUUAUUUAUCUCUCAGAAAUAGUUGCAUUGAUUUAACAUUUAUUGUGUCUCAGUUCAGUUCUGUUUAGAAUUUCUUGAACUUGAGUCUAUCACCUAAGAUGCAUUCGAAUGUCUCAGUUGAACUGAAACCGAGUUAUAGACUUGUCGAUUCAAUGCUCGUGCGCGUUCGUUUUGUUUGUUUAUUCAUUUUUUAUGAUGUAUAAUUCAUAAUUUUAAGAAACAGUAAAAUAAUUGAAUCAGAGAA